UGUGAAACAUGUACACAGAAGUACUUUGGAAAAGUCCCUUUAACAGGAAAUUCCGAUACACUUGACACAGCCAAGUGGAAUAUCGCUGAUGGUAAAAAUAGCUUUCGAUCAUGAUUCAUACAAGCUGGUAGUUAAUAAAAAAUACUUGUGGUUUAACAGUCAUGCAGUAAGAUAAUGAGGUAUUAUUAAAGGUUCUAAAACAUGUGUUUUAUGUGGAUUAAGACAUGUAAGAAGUGAGUCUAUCAACUGAAGACCAGAACAAGGAAGUUUACCAGUUCAGAAAAACAAGAAAUGUACAAAGUGAUAACAUCUCUAGAACAUACUCUUAUCUACUUAAUCAAUGUGGGGGAGUCCAGGUGAUCUGGAUCAAAUCUGCAUCAUACAAAUGCUUGCUUUCUUUAAUGAAAUGUACCAACAUGUACUUAACCCAGUGUUUGAAUAGCAGAAGAAAAUAAGUGUGGGAAAUAAAUACUGGGAAAUAAAUACAGAGUGUAAAAAAGGAAUUAUGUUGAUUCAAAGAAUGCAUUUUUUAAGUGGAUAUCACUUGUGUUUGCCACUGAAGAAAAUAGGGAGAGUGUGAACAAGUUUCAAGUGGAAGGAUAUAUUCAGUGAAUUACGAAAUAGUUAGUUAUUGUUCAUACAUAUUAUAACACGCACAACAUAUCAGAAUUCUUUCUUGAUUUAGAUACAACAUGUCCAAAAGAUGGAUAUAAUGAGGUACGUAAGUAGUAUUACUAAAUUAUUUUUGAAGAUAACUGUACUUGUGUGUGUUUUGGCACAAACUGUGAAUUUGUUGCCCAUUGUGCCAGAUUCCGUCCAGAAUCCCAUGCUUCAAAGUCUUCCUAACCCUAAAUUUAGUCCAGUUUCAUCCAAGUCCGGAAAACACGUGCAAUAUUCCCUUGCUGAUAAACCCUCAGGAAAAACAUGGCUUGCCAAUCAUAACGGUGCUCAACAAUUACCUUCAAGACCACAAAGUGCCAAUCACAUCGACUCUAAGUCAAGCAAUGAGUCACCUGACUACGCAAAUGAAAAUGUUGUAAAUUCCACAAAAAUACAUUCUUUCCGGAUUUUCAAGUCGUACCAGAUUGGGAAACAUUCCAAGAAUUCUAAGAGCGGAGGAUCAAAGACAAAAACUGCUCAAAUUCCACGCAGAAAUUCUCAAGAUUUGCAAUAUGAAUCAGACACUUCAGCUCAGAACUCUCUAGAAAAUGUAGAUACAAGUGUAAAUGUGAAAUUCAAAACAAUAAAUGACAAAGAUGAAACAAAGCAUGAUAUGAGAAUAGCAAACACUGAAAGUUUACAACUUGCUGUGAGGAAUGAUGAAAAUGGAGUAGGAGGUCAAGCGGAGGUUUCCGAGACAAUGUUGGCUGUAGGUACAUCCCUUGUGGCUUUAUUCAGCCUCGGCAUUAUUAUCGGAAUAUUUAGUUGUUGCUGUAAGAAGAAGCCGCAGAAUGAAGAAGAAGAAAAACUGGAUGAGCUUGAUAAGGAGGAUUCUAAGGAAGCAGAAGAUAAAGGGUUAAAGGUUAACACUGAGAGGUCACUAGCUGACAACAAGAACCCAUCACAACUAUUCAAUCCAAGCGAUAUACCUCCUGGAGAGAAGGACCUGGAUGAUGCUAUCUCGUUCAAGGACAAGAUUAAAGCUUUAGACAACAAGCUUAUCAUUCAACCAUCACCAGACAAGCGCAAGUCCCAACUCACAGUCGACCAGCCAGGCAGCAGGCUUUCUCAGCAUUCACCAGAUACCGCCAACAAAAGAAAGUCACAGAACGAUGUCAACAUGGUCAACAGUAUUACAGGACUGCCAAAACAGCCAAAGAUUGUGGUAUCAGAAGAGGAAGAUGUUAAGACAAAAGACAGAGACACAUCACGAAGUGCUGGUGACAAUGUAAGCAAGAGUGAUACACAAGAUGACAUCUCUGACAAGAUAUUUGAUAAUCUGUCAAUGCACAGUUCCACCUCUCAACCAUUUAAUCCGGAUGUUGUUAUUGCUGAUAGUGAUGACGAGGAUGAAUUUGCAGAGAUUCAGAGAGGAACAGUCAUUCUUAAAUCUUUUCAGCGAGCAAAACCACCUAGAAACCGAAGUCCAGCAACCAGAACCUCAAAGGGAAAAAUACGGAAACCCAGACCUAAUGCAGCCAGGAAGCAGGGGGACAAACAAGAUGACAGGGAACCAACUUCUACCCCAUCUAGUGCAUCAGUUCCAUUUUCCAUGGCAACUAGUGACAGUAAAACUAACAGUCUUGAGAAAUCUGAAACUAAAGUCCAAAACAACACGAGCAAAAAUAAUAGCUUAGAAAAGUUGAAUGAAAGAAAGAAAAGUAUAGAAAACAAUGUAGAAAGCCCAAUGACUAAGUCAAGUAAUUUUAGUGAUUUUGAUUCAAUUAUGAGUCAAAGUAUAACAAGUAUAGGCAGUGAUAUUGUUACACCAAUGAAACGUGAAACAGGCAAAAAUGGGAAAUAUGCAAAACGAAAAGACUCUCCAAAGAGAGAGAGAAAAGAAUCUCCUGUAAGAGUAAUGAAGAGUAAAGAAAGGGAGAUAACUGAAAAGGAAAAAAGGAAUGAAUCACCUAACAGGUUCAAGAAAAGUAAAGAUUCGCCUGUAGAGAAACGUAAGAAUAAAAGAAAGGAUGAUGACAGACUACAGAAUAGAUUAUCAACUGAUAUCAGUGAAGAUAAGGCUGUUACAAACUCUAAUGCAGAGAACAGAUUAUCUGGAAUUCCCGCCAAUGCUAGUAACAAUAUAUUCUAUUUGAUUGAUCCCACUGUUAAGGACAAAUGUAAAUCUGUUGGAGAUGUAACAGGGGAUAAAAGGAAAUCUGGAGAUUAUAGCAGGCAUGCUCAAAAGGCUGCAAAGCAUAAAACAGAUGACAAUCAAUCUAAACAGAAUGACGAUUCAUUGAGUGCUGUGAAAAGGGAGAGAACUCUGUCAGAUCCUAAUAGAAAAUCUGCAGAACUGAAAACAAACACACGUUGAAGCCACAUUUCUAGUCUGAAGUUCCCUUCUAUUGAAGUUAACCAGUGUUACUACAUUGCUACAAGAUGUUUCUUCUAUAUGCAGAUGACAUAAUUUUCUGUUUUUAAUUCAUUAUAUAUAACAAUAAAUCUGACCUUGAACUCUAUUAUUUAAGUUAACAGGAUUUUUUUUUCAAGUCUUUAAGAGAAAAGUUAUAUAGAAUACAAAAUCUUCUCACUGUUGAAGCAUAGAUCUAAUAUAUUUUUAAAACAAUUACGGUAUGGAGACAUUACCUUUCGGUAACAGAAAAAGAAGACUGAAAUUAAACAUAUCAGCAGAAUAUUAUCACUACUGUAGAUUGAGUCACUUCUGUGACAUAUAUAUUUGAGCCGUGCCAUGAGAAAACCAACAUUGUGGGUUUGCGACCAGCAUGGAUCCAGACCAGCCUGCGCAUCCGUGCAGUCUGGUCAGGCUCCAUGCUGUUCACUUUUAAAGCCUAUUGGAAUUGGAGAAACUGUUAGCGAACAGCAUGGAUCCUGACCAGACUGCGCGGAUGCGCAGGCUGGUCUGGAUCCAUGCUGGUCGCAAACCCACUAUGUUGGUUUUCUCAUGGCACGGCUCAUUUAACUACUUAACAGUCAGCAUCUUUAUUUCCACUGUUGAAAGUUCACAACUCUUUACUUUCAUGUUUAUCUCUGCUUUGAAUUCAGGAGUAUGCUGAUGGCAGUGAAUAUAAAGUUAUCAUGAACAGAACCCAGUUUUCUGUAUAUGCACUGAAUCUCAAAUGUUGAGAUGUACCAGCACACUGUACUGACGUGCUGCGUUUUUAUGGAAUCACCACUGCUUUAUAUGUUUGGCAAUUUAUUAAAGUUUAAGUUGUUUGAAAAUAAGAAAAAAAACUAAGCCACAUAUGAAUAUUUGUGAAGAAUCAAAAGGGAAGUACGAAAAAAAAUACUAGAACUGAGUAAAUCUUCUAUGACAUUUUUGAAAUGACGAACAAACUAUAAUUACUAGGGGCUUUUACAAAUACUUAAUAUUUUUUAACUCUGUUUAGUAUAAAUUGAUAUAUUCCUUUUUUUCACCUGAACUGCCAACAGAAAGGCUUAUAGCAUGCUUGUUAAUCAACCACUGCCACGCAUACAAUUUAUCAAUCUUCAGACCCAUUGUAAAUUCCAUCUACCCUAUAUGCUAGUCUGGCAAGUGCUUAACAUCUAGUAUCAACGGACAAUUUUGUUUCACCAGAAACAUUUAUAACCAUGUUUUAACAGACACUUUUUCAAUAUUUCAUCUGGACCAGGUAAUUUUGCUUAAAAAGUGAACAGAAAUGCCUUUUUUAAACAACACUUUCUUUAAUGUGACAUUUAUACAGUAGAAGAUGUUGAAUUAUUAUGUAUCAAUUUAUGUUAACUGCAUCAUAUCAUGUGUAUACACACAGUUUGCCCUCAUGGCAUAAUGCAUAGACAGGACUGUAAUAUGUUAGACAUAUACUUGAUUUUCAAACCAAUAUUUUAGCUUAUGCAUAUAUUUCUUCCACAGUAGUUUAUUUUCAUUAUUCAAUUAACAACUAAAUAAUAAAGGCAAAUUAUUAUGUGCCUUUUAAAAUUCAAGUCAGGCCUGAUUAUAUUUUACUUCAUAUUGUGUACUAGGUUCGGUCAGGCAGUUUUUUAAUUAUGUGCUUUUUGUAUAACAUUGUAUUUUUAUACAGUGAAAUAAAAGGUUAUAAAUUA